AUGAAAGGAUAUCUAAUGAAAAAAUACCAAGCAUCAAAGAAGGUAAUUCUAGGAACCGCAUGCAUAGGGCUGUUUUUAAGCAAAAUCUAUGCAGACGCGGGGGCAGCAAUAGGCGGCGGGGGGGUGCUUGCAUUUGCGCAGACUGACCCGAAUUGCUCGCCCAGUUUCAUGAACGGAACUGGGUUCAUGAACGGCAUGGGAGUGAACGGCAUGGGAGGAGCCUCUCCGCAGUUUAAGAUUGCUUCGCCAACUCUUUGCAUAAAGGAGGGAAGACAAAACACAAAUUUCAAGCUGAGUCCCCAGAUGAAGAGGAUGUACAAUAAGUCGGCCAUUCUGUCUCUGUUAAGGCUUCCUGAAACAGAGUGUAAAAUAGGACAAGUAAGCCCAAAAACCCAGGCGUGCUUCCUGUUUAAAGCCAUCCAAAGGAAGGCCAAGACGGCUGCCACAAACUUAACUUUUUCAAAAAACGCGAUUUUCCUAGAGGUAAAGGGUAAACUUGUAUUGAUGGUUACGCUAGAGAGGUUCGAAAGCACGAUGAAAACGGUCAAGAAGCGUGUUCCUCUUUCCAAAGUAAUCAAGGCGAACAAAAAAAUAACCCUGAACGAGUUUGACGACAUCCUGAAUAAGAUAGGAAGCUCAGCUUCUCUUUCCAAGAGAAGCAAGUGUGCAGAGUGCCUCAAAACGCUUCACAACGAGCUUUCUCUUGGAGAUGUUGAGUGUGAUGUGUGCAAUGAUGUGGCUACUAUUCCUAUUUCAGUUUAA